GGAUGUGCGAUUGGCCCGAGGUUCUCUAAAAUUAACAAAGUGCCUGCGCAACUAUAAUGUUAAGAGCUACUCAGCAGAACCAAGUUGUCUAUUUUUAUAUGUCCCAAUAUUUUGGGGGCUACCAAUUUAAAAAAAAAACACAUAUAUAUAUAUAUAUAUAUAUAUAUAUAUAUAUAUAAAAAAAACAGUGUUGGCUACCUCCUCCUCCACUGCUGCUUCCACCUACACCGCCACGGUCACCGCCUCCUCAACUUAUGGGUCACUUAGUGUAAACUAUGGACACAAUAGCAGAGGCUUGUGAAGGCCUUUUCUCCAUGCAUCAGGAGUUGAGCAUUUAUCCAUGCAUCAGGACUGCAGAAAUGCACUGCAGGCCGCAAAUGUUUCUUUUUCUUUUAUGUCCCAAUAUUUUGAGAACUACCCCAAUUAAAAUAAAAAAUAGAUAUAUAUAAACAGUGUUGGCUACCUCAUCCUCCUCCUCCACCGCCACGGUCACCGCCUCCUUAACCUAUGGGUCACUUAGUAUAAACUAUGUACACAAUAGCAGAGGCUUGUGAGGGCCUUUUCUCCAUGCAUCAGGAGUUGAGCAUUUAUCCAUGCAUCAGGACUGCAAGAAAUGCACCGCAAGCCGCAAAUGUUUCUUUUUUUUAUAUGUCCCAAAUCCCAAUAUUUGGGGGCUACCCCAAUUUAAAAAAAUAAAAAAUAAAAAACAGUGUUGGCUACCUCCUCCUCCUCCACCGCCGCUUCCACCUACACUGCCAUGGUCACCACCUCCUCAACCUAUGGGUCACUUAGUAUAAACUAUGUACACAAUAGCAGAGGCUUGUGAAGGCCUUUUCUCCAUGCAUCAGGAGUUGAGCAUUUAUCCAUGCAUCAGGACUGCAGAAAUGCACCACAGGCCAAAAAUGUUUCUUUUUCUUUUAUGUCCCAAUAUUUUGAGAACUACCCCAAUUAAAAUAAAAAAUAGAUAUAUAUAAACAGUGUUGGCUACCUCAUCCUCCUCCUCCAUCGCCACGGUCACCGCCUCCUCAACCUAUGGGUCACUUAGUAUAAACUAGGUACACAUUAGCAGAGGCUUGUGAAGGCCUUUUCUCCAUGCAUCAGGAGUUGAGCAUUUCUCCAUGCAUCAGGACUGCAAGAAAUGCACUGCAGGCCCCAAAUGUUUCUUUUUUAUAUGUCCCAAUAUUUUGGGGGCUACCCCAAUUAAAAAAAAAAUUAAAAAUAAAAUAAAAAAACAAAAAACAAAUAAAAAAAGUGUUGGCUACCUCAUCCUUCUCCUCCACCGUCGCUUCCACCUACACCGCCACGGUCACUGCCUCCUCAACCUAUGGGUAACUUAGUAUAAACUAUGUACACAAUAGCAGAGGCUUGUGAAGGCCUUUUCUCCAUGCAUCAGGAGCUGAGCUCAGUUUGAACAAUGAAAGAGAAUACCCUGCACUCCAACCCUCUCUCAAAUGGAUAAUUCUGGCAGCCAUGCUUUAGAUUUUGCUUUAUGUUCUUCCAAAGCUAAAAUCAAAGAUUCCAUCUAGUGCUAUUUUAUGGCUCAGUUGUAUUUUUAUCUUAUUUUAAGUGAUUUCCCUAUCCACAUUUGUUUGCAGGGCACUUGUCUUGCUUUUACCCCCAUUUUACUUCAUUUUGCAGCUCUCUAGCCCUUUCCAGGAGUUUUUUAGAGACUUCAAUGGGGUUUGGGUUCGGGGUCAAGUUCAAGCCCGAACCCGGACUUUUUUUCAAAGUUCGGCCGAACCCGCCAGACCCGAACAUCCAGGUGUCCGCUCAACUCUACUGACUAGCCAUUCUAACAGGAACUUACAAUCAUAAUCUCUUGUUAGAUAAAUUUGUAUGUUUACCGGCAUAGCAUAAAAAUACAGAUCUUUGAAUUCUGUGCUUUCAUACCUGGGUUUCCUUUGGGCCACGGAAUAUGCAUUUUUAAGAAUUAUCAAAAAUUAUCUGCGGCUUUGAUCUGUACCGCACUUUAAGUUAUAAAUCGCUUUCUUAGCAGAAGUAAUGGAUUUAUGCUCCAUGAUUAUCUCUUUGAUUUCAUCUUUGACCAGAACAUUAGCUGUAUAGCUUGAAGACUCUCCAGAUAGAUAUGGCACAUUGAAUCAAAGGUCCAUGUAAUGUUUCAUUUCUUAUGGAUGUCAUCAUACAUGCCCAAUGAAUUCAUGGCAUAAUUUUCUAGGUAUGUUUCCUGAACUUCUAGAAAAUUGUGGGACUGUCUCUUUAAGGAAUCUGAUUAUUUUAGGAGUUUAAUAGACAGAAGUAAUUGAUUUAAUGCUCUUGUUUCUAGUUUCUCUGCUUUUAGGUAAACAUCUGUGCGAUCUAGCUGCUGAAUAGGUAUUAGAUCUGUAUAACAGUGCAGAUGGCAUAGCAGUCACAUGGCCUUCCGAGUAGACAGUGCAAUCACUUUCACUUCAAUCACUCUGAGCUUCUCGUUCACUGUCACAAUUCUGAUCAGCAUCAGAGUUCUCACAGUGUACAGGUCCAUGUCUGCUUUCACUCCUAUCAUCCUGAAGUGGAUUCCUUUCCUCAAGCUUGGCCAAGAGAGUCUUUUCAAACUGUUCUGCCCAAGAUGUGUUCCACAGGUGUUUUCUCAGAUUUGCUCAUAUUUUUCCUUUCCUUUUUGUUUUGGGAAAAUCUGGUCUGGUGUGGUAAAAUCAUAAUAAGGAGGGGAUUUACAGGUAGUCCUUUCUUGUAUUUUUAUGCAACUUUUUGGUACACAGUGAUGACUACUAACCUCACUCUGAUUUUUUACUCCCUUUUUCGUAUUCUUCCAAUUGCUUUCUAAGCUGAUUUAUUUCCUGUGCACAUUUAUCUGAAAUAACAAUCAGUUCUUUUUCGUGAUCAGCAUGACGGGUAUUAUGCUCAGCAAGUAAAUCUUGGUAUUUCCCAUUUUGAUUUCCCAGACUGUCUAUGCGUGUGUCCAAUCUGGUAUUCAGUACACUGUUUCCUUCUAACAUCUUUAGAUGUCCUAACAUAAAGAAAGGCCAAGAGUGUAUUAUUUACCCUAUUUUUCUCUCUGUUUUUUUGGUCUCCAAUUAUUUAAGAUGUCUUAUUAUGGAUGAAUCAUUUAGAAUUGUAGAAUUAACCCCCUGUUCAAUCUCAGGGUUUUUUUCUGAAGGAGGUGCAGGGGUUUUGUAGAAGGGGAGCUGGACAGGUGUUUUGUAGAAGUGUAAGGGGUUUUGUAGAAGGGGGUACAUGUGUUUUGUAGAGGUGGGGGACAGUGGUUUUUGUGAGGGGGCUGUACAUUGGUUUUGUAGAAGUGGGAGUCAGGGGUUUUUGUGAAGGGGGACUGGACAAGGGUUUUUAUGAAAGGGACUGGACAGGGGUUUUCUAGAAUUAGGGGCAGAGUUUUUUGUCAAGGGGGCUGGGCAGGGGUUUAUGUGAAGGAAGGGAGCACAUUUUUUUUUUUUUUUUUUAAGAAGGGGCUGCAGGGAUUUUUUUUUAGAAGGGGGGCAGGGGUUUUGUUCUAGUUUAUAAAUUUGUGCAAAAAAAUAUUCUUGAAAAUGUAAAAAAUAAAUUGUGGUUGCCGCUUUCUGCCUCCGCUACUAAUGCUGAAGAGUGGAAGAUUCCCCAGUCCUCAGCGAGAUCUUAGUUUAGAUUACCUGACUUAAGACUUGUAGGUCAUUGCUGGGAGCAUCAAAUGAUUGUUCUUAGCUAGUGAACUUUGCCCUGCAUAGUGCAUGUAGGGAGCGACACAAGGAAGACUCCAGAUAAAAAGUCAAACCAUUUUAAAAUGGUUUGAUUGCUUACAAGGGAUGGCAUAGUGACACUCCUAGCUCAUUGUAGUGUUUUUGCUUCUUGGAGAGUUCCUUUAAUUGUCAUCCAAAAUUAUGUAUUUCUUCACGUGACUAUAACAUAUUCCAAGUAACCUGAUAACAUUUGAUAAACUUGAUUUAGUCGCUAGAUAUUUGGUGCUAUAUAAACACUGAUAAUAUAGAUUAUUAUUUUUGUUUCUUUUUUCUAUUGCAGAUAGUGAAAACUGCCAGAAAUGUCCUGCCAAUAAAUGGACGGAUGAGAAUAAAACAAAGUGCAUUCCUAAAACCUAUGACUUUCUAUCAUAUGAAAACAAUAUUAUGACUACAGUUUUUUCUUCCAUGUCUGUUUUAUUUUCACUUAUAGCUAUAUUUAUUUUGGGAGCAUUUAUUAUAUUCUGGGAGACUCCCAUUGUCAGAGCAAAUAACCGUAAUCUCAGCUUCAUCCUCCUGGUCUCUCUCAUGCUGAGCUUCCUCUGUGUGUUUCUGUUCCUCGGUCGUCCUGUGGAUAUAACCUGCAUGCUGCGUCAAACCUCUUUUGGGAUCAUCUUCUCAGUAGCUGUAUCUUCUGUACUGGGCAAAACUAUCAUGGUUUACAUCGCUUUCAAAGCUACUAAACCAGGCAGCUCGUGGAGAAUGUGGGUUGGGGUCAAAUUGUCUAAUACCAUAGUUCUGAUAUGCUCAUCUAUCCAGAUCCUGAUUAAUGUUCUUUGGUUGUGCAUUUCCCCUCCUUUUCAUGAACUGGACAUGCAUUCUUACCCUGGAAGGAUCAUCAUUCAGUGUAACAAAGGCUCAAUCAUUGCCUUCUACUCUGUUCUGGGUUAUAUGGGAGUUCUGGCAGCGGUUAGUUUUAUUAUUGCUUAUUUUGCCAGGACAUUACCGGACAGUUUUAAUGAGGCCAAGUACAUCACCUUCAGCAUGCUGGUGUUCUGUAGUGUGUGGAUUGCAAUGAUCCCGGCCUAUCUGAGCACAAAAGGGAAAGACAUGGUGUCU